AUGUUGUCGGCGCCUCUCAUAGAUCUAUUAAAGCUUUCUCUGUCACUGCGAAUCUACUCUCCUUCAGUGCAGUUAUUUCAGCAGAUCGGUGCCGAUCACGCAUUGCCAUGUGUUGCAUUUUUCGACGUCCACGGUCUAAAAGGAUGUGACGCCAGUGAACUCGAGAAUGCUGUGGAAUCGUCUCACGGAAGGGAUUCUCCAGCCUUGCUUUCAAUUGACCACGUGUUCAAUCUCGGAAGACAAGCAGAAACUACGGCAAUAAUCUAUGGGGAAAUUGGCACGCAGGAAUGGUUGCAGCUUCAUGCGAAAGCUGUUGAAUUAGCUUCAGCGCGGAGAAUUCAAUACGUUCUGAGACACUACAUGAAGUGCACUGACACUCCUAUAGCCAAAGUGUCACUGUCGGGGUAUGGAGUGGAACUGGCUAUCAAGAACACGGAGUACAAAGUCGUCGAUAUUAGCAGAGGAGAAAUGGGGGAGAACCAUGAUAUUGAGGACUUUCACGGCCCUGACGAAGGCGAAGCAGCCGAAACGAUGGCCUAA